AUGGCCGCAGUCCUUCCUCCCUCCUGCCAUUUUCUCUUCUUCUUUUACCUCUCCUCCCUAAUUACCCAGCCAGCCGUCACUCAAGAUCCAUCUGUCUCCACGGCGACGGUUCCCCAAGACAACCCUUUGGUCGUCCCGUCCACGUUGGUCAACAAGACAACUCCCACCUAUGCGGAGACCACCCAAAACCCCCUCCAAGACUCCGGGCCGUCCACUCCCUCAAGCGGGGGUGAUGCGGACGACGAGGACGGCCCGCCUGUCAGAGGGACGCGUUGCCAGGGUUACUACGAUGUGAUGGGCCAGUGGGAUCCGCCGUUCAACUGUAACGCCGGUGUCUUUUUGUACUGCUGCGGUACCUGCUUCUAUCGCUUCUGCUGCCAGUUCCGCCAGCAGCGGCUGGACCAACGCAUCUGCUCCAACUACGACACGCCCAUCUGGGCCAACACCGGCAAGCCCGUGGCCACCGUCACCGAGGGCCAGGAGGACCAGGAGCGGGAUCGAACGCACCUCAUCGUCUACAUCAUCUGCGGCGUGGUGGCCAUCAUGGUCCUGGUGGGCAUUUUCACCAAAUUGGGCUUGGAGAAAAGUCGCGGAGGAGGCGGGGCAACUGCCGCCACACUCACUGACCUCAACUCCAGGGCACUCACUGACCUACUGAAGCAACAGGGAGAAGAAGAGGUGAGCCCAGCGGAGAACGCCGUGACCACUUCGCCCAGCGGAGGGAGAGCCAACGGCGUCUCGUCCAGGAUGAAGCGCAGCAGGAGCGAGCAGUACCAUCUAAAUAACUCAGCUCAUGGCCCAUUAAGACAAGGCAUUCCUCACUCACACAGCAAUCAUGGCACAGUGGGACUCAACAAGUACACUUCCCUCAAAGCCGUGGCGGACAGUGCAUCUCACAGCUACUACAAGAGCUUCCCAGUCAUGGACUUUGCCCAAUACCGAGCGCCCGCCUUUCAGCCGUUACCAAUGCAGCCCAAAGAGAAGUCAUACAUCCACCAGCAUCUUCCAUCGCAAUCCAACCUCCACGCUCCUCUUUCCAUCUCCAUCCCCUCCAGCCAUCUGGAGCACUCCCACCUCCCAAAGACCACCACGCACCCGUUAUUGUCCAGCUCGGCUUUUAAAGCCUGGGAACCGGUCGGGCGCCACGUCCAAAGGCAGAGCUCGGCCCCGGGCUCCGGGCCCACGCACGCCUCUCACUGGAGACACGCCUACUCCACCCGUCGGCAACAGAGCAUUGAGAACAUGCCGGAUCUUUUUAGCCAGCCCUGUGGCGGGAUCCGUGGAGCAGGACAUGGGAUGCAUUUCCAUAUGCAACACCCUUCUCAAGGAACCUAUCACCAACACACCAGGCAAAAGAAUUACUCCACACACAGUUCCACUGAAGUCACAGUCUGAGCGACGGGGCGAAGAAGAACAACUUCAGCAUAUUGUAUUUUGUAGAAAGCGUUACUUGAAAACCGCUCAGGCUCCCUUCAGACCACCACCACGAAUCAUCCUUUGGUUUCUUUUAGUCUUUGGAAUCUAACACAGAGCAGGGCUCAAGCUUUAGUUCUUAUCUUGGUUGAAUACAAUCAUCUGUAUGUAGCAUUUUUGUAGAUGCUUCACUGAGCCUAUUGUCCCUGUGGGGGGAGAAGAAAAAAAAAACCCACAGGACUUUGCAUCUCAUUGUCUACCUCUAUGCACAGCUGGCUUCUCUGUGUAGCUUUUGCUUAACUCUGGAACCCUCCCACCCUUUGCUCCACCAUGUUUUGUUUUUUGGUGCCAUCAGGCCAAGCAUACAGCAAGACAGCAGCCCCCAGGGUGACAUUAACUCAACGGCGAGGACAAUGCCACCAUCACGUCAACUCCCAUCAAGCACCAUCGAAAACCAUGGAGAGGGAGAAAGAGGAAAGAGCCAGAGGCAUGGAUUCUUUAGAAAAGAGGAGAAAGAGGAAAGAGAAAAGAGAGCACAAACCCUGUUUCGCUUCCUCGGGGUGAGGGAAGGCAACGAGUCAAUGUGAAUCUGAGUUUCUCACUAGGGAACUGUCCGGGUCAUAACUCGGAAUGUGUGGACCUGUGUUUAUUUUGCCGCCUCCAGGCACCAAUGGAGAGGAAUAUGUGAAGGCACUUCCAAGCCCAGGGCGUUAACACUACUCGAAGCCUGGAUAGCAAAGGUCACCAUGGAGAACUGCUGUGAAGAAGCAACAGUUGAGAGUUGGUGAAGUUCAGGAAAUGCACAGAGAUGUGUAAAGCGGUCCGAAUGAGGGUUUUCAUUUUGUUUCAAUUCUUUCAUAUGGAAGAGCUGUUUAUCAAAUCAGAAUUAUGUUGUUGCAUUUUGGUGACUAAAUACCUGCUUCAUGUAAAUGUUGUCUAUUUUUAGAAACGUGGCACUUUGGGGAUUUGUGUAGUGUUUUGUGAAAAUCCAUUCGCUUUGUAAAACUCAAUGUGAAGCUUUGUAGAUUUUGUACACAAUUAGUCAAAAAAGGGCUUUAAAGUAUUAUUUAUUUCUAAGAAUUUAUUGUAGAGGGUGUCAGAGUCAAAUGUAAUUAUUUGUAUAGUAACGGGAAUUAUAAUGCAAGUGAGGUGGUUAAAAUACGCCUUCAGUCACAUUAUUUCAGUGCAUCAUUUAAAUAUGACACCAGAAAAACAAACACAAGUUCCCCAAAGAAUUUAUUUUUCUGUUAUAAUCAGCGCUAGUGAUUCAUUGUGGAAAAAGAAAAAUUGUUUAUAAAGCUUAUUUGUAGCAUCUCAAAUUGUAACUUGAGCAAUUACAUCAACAAUGCAAGGAUAACAACGUGAUUAUAUUAAUGAUAACCUAACACGUAUGGGUGAGAUUUAAUGUAGCAAAAACAAGCAGUAUUUAUCCCAGAAAAGUGAAACGACGGGAAGAAAACUAUUCUUUAGAGGAACUGUACUGUAACUGAAGCAACUUUUUAACAGAGAAUCAUUAAAGAUUGAAA